GGAAAGAAUAGUGCGUGUACGCAAUUUCCGGUAAUAUUUUGACAGACACACGCUGCAUGCUGGAUUGUUGUGUAGUUCUUCAUCGUCUAAAUAAUGAGUACACAACGAGGAAACGUGAAGAAAGGAGCACAGAAGUACAAAAACAAAAAUGCGUUUAAAAAUGAUUUGCAUGACCGUACACCACAAAUGGAGCUAAUUAAGAAAGUUCAAGUCACAGGGGCCUGUCAACGCUGUACAGAUGUGAUUGAAUGGAAGAUCAAGUAUAGAAAAUUUAAGCCUUUGACUACAGCCAAAAAAUGUACAAAAUGCCUGGAAAAAACUGUAAAAAAAUCCUACUUUAUCAUAUGUGUCCCCUGUAUGAAAAAACUUCAGGUCUGUGGAAAAUGUGGACAGAAAAAGGAAGUAACAGAAGUACCUGGACUGUCAGAGGCAGAGCAGAUGUCACAGCAGAGUCAGUUGGAAGCAGAGCUAGAACAUCUAACAGAAAGACAGAGAAGACAAUUUUUCCGGUUACAAGCCAGUGGAAAGUCGACAAGCGAGGCUUUGAAGAAACUCAGAGAGGGUAACGGGGACGAUGGCUUCUGUGUCAGUGAUGAAGGCAGUGAUGGUGAAGAUGAUGAUGAUGAUGCUGAUGAGGAUGAGGAUGCAGAUUUACUGGAUGGUACAAAAACUGUGGAAAAAUCAUGUGAUAAAGAUAUUGUUGACAUCAGUGACAUGAAUAAACUUAAGAUAGAGACUCAGACAAGCACAGAUUGUGGAAAGUUAAAAGAUAAAUGAUGUGAUUGGAAAUUGAAAUAUAAUUUUUGGUUACUUCAGAUACAUCUUUUUUGAUUGGAAAAUUACCUACCAGGUACAUAUUAUUGUGAAAGCAUUGUACUGCCUUUAGUCAGCGUUUAUAGUCAUAUGAAUGCCAGCUGAAAAUGACUUAUCAGGUCUCUUGGCUCACUAUUACAGUGAGUGUUUUCUCCGUUCCCCCUAAAUUGUUUAGUUCUGCAUAGAUAACACUACCAAUGUUACCCCUAGUAUUUAACCUAGAAAAAAACCCACUGCUAUGUACUCUUGUCAGCUACAAUUUAAAAAACUUUGGGAUGGCAGUGUCCUUUAUUGAAAUCAGGUAUCUUGUUCCAAACACAGAAAUCCUUUCCAUGACUUUUUGUAAGAAAAUUUAUUCGGAGGUGGGGAAUAUGGAUUGCUCACAGUACUAAUAGCCUAUAUACACAUGCAUAUAUAUAACAUUUCUAGCAGAUGAUAGCCUUCAGUCAGCUGUAUAAUGUUACUGGGGUAUUUGUAUGACACAUUAAUUGAUUAUGUAAAAGUAAAAGAAAUUGCUAAUGAAUUUUUAUUCUCCCCGCGAAUGGUCAAGGCAAAACAUUACUGAGAAUUAAAAUGGAAUUGUUUGUUAAAUUGAAAAGAACAACGAUAGUCAUUCAAUUUUUUUAAAUACCUGUAUAUCUUAAGAUUGUGUAUAUCUGACAAAUAGUUUCACCUAAAUUAAAAAUGUAAAUGUUUGUUUUUACAUCAAUGUCAAUGGGGUGUGUUAAUCAGGUACAGCAAUAUCAUAGAUUUGUCUAGGAAGUUGAAGAAUGCAUGACAGCAAUUUUAUUAGAGUUACUUCCCUUCACGAUCUUUAAUAACCUGUGUUUUUGACCAAGAGUCUAUUAAAGGGUGAAUGAAAUAAUGAAUGUAGAUAAUGGAAGCUUGCUUUAUGUACAUACAUAAUGCACAUAUAUAGAGCAAGCUUAAAUGUUCUAUUAUUUCAAUAAAGAUCGCCCAUGUGAUGAAGACAUUAAGACAUAAACCCUGCUAACCGUGACAUCGGUGCAACAUGAAAACUAAAUCAAUCAACACAACUACCAGUAGGCUAAAUGUCAGGAAAAUGGAAAAAUUGCAUCAGUCUUCUACUUCACUUUGUGUUGUUCCAUUCAGGAAGUCUUGUUUGAAUGAGAAGAUGCAUCAAGUGUAUGACCAAUGUCAAUAUAUAUUUACUAAAUAUAGUAAUACAUUAUGUAAAUGAAGUAAGCAUGUAGCUAUGUUAAGAACAUAUUAUUUAUACAAGCUCUAUUGGGAACUUAUGAAUAUAAAGAAAUAUGAAUGUAAAAAAUAAAUUACUGAAAUUUC